CGUACGGGAGGGCUGCGGUUGCGUCUGGACGUCGGGAGGUUUGCGUGACGUCGGUCCGCUGCCCCCACCUCCCCCGUCGCGCGUCCGGUCUGGGCUGUAAAAACUGAAAAAAAGAGAAACAAAGAUGGCUCUGCGGGGUCUGGGAGAUAACGAGGAGAGCGCACAGGACAUCGAUGAGCUGCUACACGGUAUCAUUCCUCUCAAAGAUUACGCGUGGAGCCCCGACGAGUCGCCGACUUUGCCCUGGGACCGAUUCUCAGCUUGGGUUCACUCUAUUUGCGUGGUGGGCUUCGACCUGGAGCUGGGACAGGCUGUGGAAGUGAUAUAUCCUUCUCAUGCAAAGCUUUCUGACAAAGAGAAAACCAGUAUUUGUUACCUGUCCUUCCCAGACUCCAAUUCAGGUUGCCUUGGAGACACACAGUUUUGUUUCAGAAUCCGUCAGUCAGCUGGCAGAAAGACCUCCCUUGACUUCUUGUUGGACCAAUAUGAUCGAGAUGCUCCUAUUUACUUGAAGAAAGAUUCUGCCCACUACUAUGGAUAUGUUUAUUUUAGGCAAGUUCGUGACAAAACCUUAAAGAGAGGCUAUUUUCAAAAGUCUCUGGUCCUGAUCAGUAAACUUCCCUACGUUAACUUUUUCCAUUCCCUGUUGAAGCUCAUUGCACCAGAAUAUUUUGACAAGAAUGAACCGUGUUUAGAAGCUGCUUGCAAUGACCUAGAUCGUUGGCCUGCACCAAUUUCUGGAAAGUUGCUAAAUCUUCCCAUAAUGGGGGUUGUUAUAAAGGUUAGGAUUCCCACAAGGCAAGACAAGCCUGGGGCAGUACAGAUGGUACAAUCUGCAGACGAGACAGACACGCAAGUCUCCAUUACACUUCCUACAAUGCAUGAAGUAGACAUGUUCAGGUGCUUCUGUCCAAUCUUCUUCCACAUUCAGAUGCUCUGGGAACUUGUAUUAUUAGGGGAACCUCUUGUUGUUAUGGCACCAUCACCUGCUGAGUCUUCUGAAACCGUCCUUACCCUUGUUUGUUGCAUUUUACCACUGAAAUACUGCAGUGAUUUCAGGCCCUACUUCACCAUCCACGACAGUGAAUUCAAAGAGUACACCACCCGAACGCAAGCCCCACCAUCUGUCAUUCUUGGAGUGACCAACCCUUUCUUUGCCAAAACAUUACAGCACUGGCCCCACAUUAUCCGAAUAGGAGACAUGAAACCAGCAGGUGAUAUUCCAAAGCAAGUCAAAGUGAAGAAACUGAAAAAUUUGAAGACUUUGGAUUCUAAACCAGGAGUGUACACUUCUUACAAAACAUUUCUGAGCCGUGAUGAGGACAUCAUAAAACAAGUGCAGAAGGGAAUACAGCAGAAGCGCCCAUCAGAAGCACAGAGUGCAAUUAUUAGACGCUACUUCUUAGAAUUGACGCAAAGCUUCAUCAUUCCUUUGGAACGAUAUGUAGCCAGUUUAAUGCCUUUACAGAAAAGUAUUUCACCGUGGAAGAGCCCUCCUCAAUUGAAGCCCUUCAUAGCGGAAGAGUUUUUGAAAACACUUGAAAAAGCAGGACCACAACUCACUUCUAGACUAAAAGGAGACUGGAUAGGCCUUUACAGGCAGUUCCUGAAAUCACCAAAUUUUGACGGCUGGUUCAGGUUGAGAUGGAAGGAAAUGACGCAAAAGCUGUCAGCUUUGCAUCUAGAGGCCUUGUGUAAUGCAGAUUUAUUGAUAUGGAUUCAGAAGCACACAGAGGUUGAGGUGGUUGAUUUGGUUCUGAAACUGAAAGAGAAACUGAUGCAGGCUAAGCAACAGUGCCUUCCUGUAAAACAAGACACGUUGGAGAAACUUCAAAUGCACAUCGAUGCCAUUAUUUUAUCACUGCCAGAGGACCUGCAGAGCAUCUUACUAAAAAAUGGUGCAACAUAAUCUUUGCACUCUUCUGCUAUUAAAGGACACUUUCCCAGAAAGAACUAUAAAACACUCCAGAUCAGCAUUAAACAAAAAAACUCUUAAAGGGCGAAAAAAUCUUUUAGUUAAAAAUUGCAUGAAAGUUGAUUUACCAGGUGAAUUUUACCCAGAGCCUUUUAAGAAGAUUCAUUGGUAUAUGUGAUUGCAUGUGAUGGUAAAGAAAAUAGGUUGAAAUUUACAAUCACUGUUGAAACUGAAUACAUUUAAGUAUGAAAUGACUACCUUUAUUUUAAUAAUCAAGAAUUUUGUACUGCAUUAUUGACAGCCAACUUCCUUUGACCAGAUCUUAUUUGCUAUCUGUGGAGAACAACCAAGGGAGUUUUACUAAUAAUAUUUGUACUUGCAGAUCAUGUCAAGAAUAUUGAUAUAGUUGCUCUUUAAAUUUUGGUGGUAUUUUUUCUAGAUGCAUAUUUUAACAUGCUUACAUUUUUAUAUAAAAUGUCUAUUCUCAUAUAAAGUGAUAUUCUUAAACUAAUGUUCAGUAUAGAAUACCAACUAUUUGUAUUUAAACUAAUAAACUGACAUGUAACUUUCAGAUCAAAAGCAAGAUAUUCAGACAAAUUUUAAUCAAUAGAAAUAUGACCAUGCUUCAUGACUUUAUGCCAAAGCACAAUGUAAAGAGACUCAAUAAUUUCUAACAAAAUAAACUUUACAAUUUUUAAUAAUUCAUAUGUGAUUGUUUUUUGAACGUUAGAUUGCAAUAUAUAUUUUGAGCUGCCACCAAUGUGUCAAAGGUUGAAACCCUGUCUUGCUUGAUCUGCAUUUCAAAUUCCCAACUGGUGAAUGCUUCAACUUUUCUGUUAAAACGCUGAAUUGUUUAGUUUCCACUUGUGAGCAGACAAAAUAAAUAUUUUGCUAUUUAUUACUGGAA